UUCUACGACGUACCUAACAAAUACAAAUACAGAUUUCUCAACAUUACUUGUUUUUUAUAACAGUAAUUUAAGUGUUUUUAUAUUAAUAUACAUUAACAAGGUGUAUCUCAUGUGGUUUUGGUUAAGUUUUGCUGAAAUAUCUAAAGGACACGUCCGGUGGUAAAUCACACGGGAGCUCGUAAAACUGACUACCCAAGGCAGUGUUUGCCUUUAAAAUUGGAGCUACCGCAGUUCGGGGCAAUGAACGAAACCACAUUAAGUUACUCCUACUCGUUGAACGUUUCGGAGAAGUUGAGGAACGAGACGCAAGAUGCGACCUUACCGCCUCGCAUAGCGGGAUAUGAGAACAUUAUAGACAACAAAUGGGUCCAGUCCGCGUUCUGCGUGAUAUAUACAGUCAUAUUCGUUCUCGGUUUGCUUGGAAAUGUUCUAGUUUGCUUCGUCGUCGUAAGGAACAAAGCAAUGCAGACAGUCACUAACCUAUUCAUAAGCAAUUUAGCGUUAUCUGACAUACUGCUCUGCAUAUUUGCAGUGCCCUUUACCCCGUUGUAUUCCUUCCGUGGCACUUGGAGUUGGGGCACAUUGCUAUGCCACAUGAUGCCUUCGGCGCAGGGUUGCAGCGUAUACAUAUCAACUUUGACACUUAUGUCUAUAGCGAUCGAUAGGUUUUUUGUAAUAAUAUACCCUUUCCGACCGAGAAUGAAGAUAGAAACUUGUAUCAUAGUUAUAAUCCUGAUAUGGAUCUUUUCUAUAACUGUAACGCUGCCUUACGCUCUGUUUAUGUCGUACUACGAUAUAGAGAUUGGUAGAUUUUGCGAGGAAUCCUGGCCGACUGAAAAGUUGAGGCGCAUUUUCGGUUCCAUAACUUCCAUCCUACAAUUCGUUUUGCCGUUCAGCGUGAUCGCUUUCUGUUACACUUGCGUGAGUUUUAAACUGAACGAUCGGGCUAAAGCUAAAGCGGCGAGCAAAAAUACUCGGAAAGAGGAGUUCGAUAAAUACAGGAAGCGGCGCACGAAUCAAAUGCUGAUUACAAUGGUCACCAUAUUCGGAUUGUCGUGGCUGCCUUUGAAUGUAACCAAUCUCUACAACGAUUAUUACAUAUACGCGAUUCAUUCGAAGUAUUACUUUUUGAUAUUCUUCAUGUGCCACGUGAUAGCCAUGUCUUCAACAUGCUACAAUCCCUUCAUCUACGCGUGGAUGAAUGAGAACUUCAGAAAGGAGUUCAAGCAAUUGAUACCUUGUAUUGAUACGUCAGUGCAAAUUCGGAGCAAUAUUCCGUUGGAGCAAUUAGGUAUGUUGCAGUCAGAGAAAACUUUUAACGGUAACACGGCAACCGACAGUUUGGGUUCGAGUUUUCAGAGAGCUCCUUCGUUUAGACAUAAGAGGAAGCCGAGCGCAGCAGCCGAUGUGGAGAAGAGUGGAGUGGAGUUGAAUGAGGACUUGUUGACUGUAGACGUGAAGCAUUGCCACAUAUCGACGAGCUACAAUCUGAGGAGGGAGUCUGUGAAGUUGAGAUUGAUUAACGAAGAGUCCUUUGGUAGCGGUCCGUCGCAGAGUCAAUUCUAACGGUUGAUUUCGUGGGUGCGAAGGACUAGACGUGCCCAACUGUAAGCGCAAUUCGAAAAGAUUUUAGGAGAUCCCAAUAUUUUUGGAAAAUAUUUUUUGUACAGUACAGACCUGUCUAUGCUGAUUUUGAUGACUAUGGAACUACGAUACGCUUAUGAAUUUUUGUGACCUCUUGUUACUGAUGGAGAUUUAAACCCUUUUUAAAUAUGACUUUAAGCACAAACGUAGAUUCCCUGAUAGCACUGCCAGUCUAUACCUUGUCCAAUUAGAGUAGAAAUUAAGAAUGUCGUAUAAAGAGUGUAGAGUUUUGAUAUCUUUGUAAGACUAAAAUAGUCUUUAAAAUGAAAUGCGAAGCAAAACGUACUAUGAAGCAAUAAAUAAAAAAAAAUCGUCUAAAAGGGGAAAGCCCAUCCCCGGCCCAAGCCUAUCUUAUCCACAUUUACUGAUACCUAAAAAAAUCUUAAUAAUUCUACUUUAUUAAUGAAAUUAUUACUUUAUCAAAAAAAGUUAGUUACAACGUUUUAUGACAUGUUUAAUUUGUCCACAACGGGGACAAGCUAAGAUCGUUGAAGCCUGAGUUUUGCGAUAUUUUUUAAAACUUAUGAUUGGUUUGUUUGUUCGUUUUCUUGUUUGUUAUGAUAAUAAUAACAAAAAAAAAUACAGCUUCAAAUGUUACUUCGCCGCUUUGGUGGAACAUUUUGCCCUAGAACAAUGAUAAAAACAACAUUUUUCUUCAAGAAACAUACUGUUAUUAAACCAAUUAUUUAACCAGAUCCUUAUUUAUACAUCAUAUUAUCAUUUCCAUAUACUUUUAUACCUGGGUCUAUACCUGGGUUCCCUGGGUCGACGUUGUAUGGGCCGAUGGGCAUUCCUCUUUAACAUAUUUUUAAUUAAGUUGAAUUUUAAUUAUAAUGCACAACUAUCCUUAAAGCUAAUUCUGAAUUUUUUCGUGUUUAUUUUUUAAUUAAUUCCGUUUACAACUAUGGUAUAAAAAUUAUUUUAUAUAUUCGAAAUUGAAUUAAUAUCUUAUGAAACAUUUUGUAAUAUUUGAAGUUUUUGAGGAAUAAGAAAUCUUUGAAGUUUUUGAGGAUCUUUAGAAAUUAAAUAUGUAAAUUACAAAACGAUCGAAUGUUAUCUUAUGAAAUUUAGAAUGACGUAAAUUUAGUAAAAAUGAAAAAAAAAAAGAAACAGUGAGAUGUUAUUAGCUAGAGAGGCCCACAUAUUCAAAAAUUGUUGUAGUUAUAUCAAAACAUUUUGCAAUAAUUUUUAUAUUCUAUUAAGGGUUACAAAAGCCCGUAUUCUGAGAAACCUGGACGGCCAAUUCACUAACUGUGUACGCAGGGACAAUCAAUUAUUAUUUAUAUAAUAUACUCGUUAUUCAUUUGAAUUUUGUUUUGUAAUUGAUGUAUUAAAAAAAAUUCGUGAUAUAUGUUAUUGAGUAAAUUUGCACAAAUAGAAUUUUUAGAAAAUGUGUAGUAAUUUUGCGUCAAUGCACAGAGGGUAUUAUUGAUAGUGAUAGUGUUUUUAGAUUUUUAAGUGUAAUGAGAAAGUAUUUAGUAAAAAAAAUUGGAAAUAUUUGUAUAAUGUUCCUACUUUGCGAAAUGCCCUGUUCCUAAAAUGUACGUUUUACUACCGAUCAAAAGAAUUAUGGUUAACAAAAUAUCAUAAAGAGUUUCAGAAUUAACUACAACCCCAAUAUUAACAAGUAUAAAACGUUGAUUUAGUUCUAAUUUAUUUCCAAAUCACUUCAAGAAAAUAAUCAAAUAAGUUAAAUUGAAAAAUUGGUCCAUGCUCCUUAUUACGAGUGUAACACGUUAGUGUAGCUGUUGGGUAUCAUGACUUAGACCUGUAGAGCUAUUCUGUAACGAUGUGUUUAUAAAUAGACAAUGUGAGCUUCGAAUUCAUCUCUAUCCCUCUAUUCUAUCUAUGGUAUUGUGUGAGAUAGAGAGAGGAAGAGAGGAAUUCGAAACUCAAUAUGUCGAUUUUUUAAUAACAAACUUACCGAUAUUCGAGCUACCGAUAUAGAUUAUUAGAGAAUCAGUAGUUAUCGAUUUAAGUCACAAGACCGUUUAAAAGCCUUCAGUCUAGAGUGGGGUAGAAAAUGACAAAAAUGUACCGAAAAAGCAAGUGCAUUGUUCUAGGUUUAUUAUUUUAUUCGAAAUAUAGAACUUUAGAGGGUGUUUGCAAAUCUGCUGCAUGUUCAUUUUUUAUAUAAAAUUGAAAAUAUAAAAAUAAGGUUAGUUUCUUUUUCAUACAAACUCAAAAAUACAAAUUAAUAAAGAUGAGUAGAUUUUCUACAUCUAACAAAUAUUUUAAGUCCGUUGAGAAUUUAUAAUGGUAUAAGAAAUAUAUGUAUUACCUUCAAUAAUUUCCAUACUGAAAUUAACUUGAAAAUGUGAUUAAAACUAAGUACCUAUCUAUAGCAAUAUUUUGAAAUAUUUGAUAACUAUUAAAGUUUUUAAAUUUAUUGUAGACGUUAAUAUUGUAAUUUAUCAUUAUGGGGUAGUUGUAACAAAUCCUAAAAAUUAUCUAGAUGUAAAAAUAAAAUU